AUGGCUCCAACUUUCGGUAUUGUAUUCCUGCUAAUUGCAUUUUUAGGUUCUUGUUAUGCAGAAGACGAGCAAGUUAGAAUACCGUUAGACAUGAAGAGGAGGCUCCAAGAUCCAACAAAUGCAUUCUACAACUGGGACACUUCUUCUACUUCUCCUUGCCACUGGAAUGGAAUCACCUGCAACAAUGCAAGAUUAGUUACUGCUAUUAAUCUAGACAAUACAGGGCUAAUAGGUCCCAUUCCUUCUUCCCUCUGUGGACUCAGUGCCUUGAAAGCUAUUCAGCUGGGUGAAAAUUCUCUGUAUGGAAGCAUUGCGGAUGUGUUUUGGAAGAACUGCAGUCAGUUAGAAAUAUUAAAUCUCACAACCAGUUCAUUGGUGGGGUCUCUGCUAGAUUUCUUUGUAUUGGGCUCGCUACAGGUUCUCGAAUUGGCAAACAACAAUUUUUCAGGUAAAUUUCCUCUUUAUGUCACAAAGUUGUCUAAUUUGCAUUCUUUAGAUUUGAAUGACAAUCCUCUAGACCCCAACAUCAUACCCGAAGAGAUAUACAGCAUGAAAGAACUGAAUGUUCUCUGGUUGUCGGAUCUUAGCUUGUUUGGAAUCAUUUCACCAUCCAUUGGUAAUCUGACAGAGCUGGUUGAUCUACAACUGUCUCACAACUACUUAAAUGGAUCUAUACCAAAAGAAAUCAAAAGGCUUUCCAAGAUUCAUGAGUUGGAUCUGUGGCAUAAUUGCCUUGCAGGAGAGAUCCCUUCAGGACUUACUGAGCUGGUUCCCCAGAAGCUGGAGAGCUUGUCUAAUUUCAGUGCCAUGGAAAUAUCAGAGAAUCAUCUUACUGGUCCUUUGCCUCCAGACACGUGUAAAAGCGAGAAAUUGGCGUUUUACCUCGCUCUCCAAAACUCUUUCACAGGAGGAAUUCCUGAAUCAUAUGGGAAUUGUUCUACGCUGGUUCGCUUUCGGGUCAACAAUAACAGUCUCAGUGGGAUGGUCCCCUUGGGUAUCUGGGGAUUGCCUCAUGUUCACGUAUUUGCUCUAAGUGAUAAUAAAUUUGAGGGUGAAAUAAGCAGAGAAAUUAAAAAUGCAUAG